AUGGCACUUUUACGUUAUUCUUUGCCUUUCUCUCGACUUGCUCUUCCAUCUAAAAUAUUAAAUCGAGGAGCAGCUACAGCACCAGCUACUUCAUCCGUCGUUGAACAUACGACAAAUCCAGCAAUCCAAAAAGAUCAAGAGCAAAAUGUAUUAACCAAUACAUCACCAUAUAAAAAUGUUCCAGGAAAACAUUACGGUGAUAGUGCAGUUGAAGUAGCAUUAGCUCGUCUAGAUGAUGUACAAAAUUUAAUUCGUCGUGGUUCUAUUUGGCCACUUACAUUUGGUCUUGCUUGUUGUGCUGUAGAAAUGAUGCACAUGGCUGCUCCUCGUUAUGAUAUGGAUCGAUUUGGUGUUGUCUUUCGUGCCAGUCCACGUCAAGCUGAUCUAAUGAUUGUUGCUGGUACACUUACUAAUAAAAUGGCACCAGCUAUUCGACGACUUUACGAGCAAAUGCCUCAUCCUAAAUGGGUUAUUUCUAUGGGUUCAUGUGCUAAUGGUGGUGGUUACUAUCAUUAUUCAUAUGCAGUAGUACGUGGAUGUGAUCGUAUAAUUCCGGUUGAUAUUUACGUACCUGGCUGUCCGCCAAGCGCAGAAGCAUUGCUUUAUGGUGUUUUGCAAUUACAACGCAAGAUUAAACGUUAUGAUACAUUACAAAAAUGGUAUCGAAAAUAA